AUGGGUACGAGCCAACUCCCGUGCACGCUGUGUGGUAUCAGCUUCAACAUCUCACGUAUCCGGACCAUCGAUGAGCCCUACUCAGCGGCGUGGUCCGCAGAAGACUCGACACAGUUUAUUUGUGCCCUCGAUGAUUACGACGACGACGGCAGUGACUGUGGUCAGUGUAUCACCGCUGAGACAGGCUGUGUUUGGGUUGUUCGCAACUCUCAGACUAUAAAAAAUGGCAUUGAUCAGUCAGAGGAGCCACAGUAUAGAUUCCUAUUCUUUGAAAUGGAUGAUGGCCACCUCCCCACGGUCGGACAAAUACUGCCGAUGGGCGAACGGCUGGAGGAAAAGGCAGGUCGCAUUGGCAUAAGAAGGGCUCAUCUUGAACAUGUCGCUGGUCCGGGAUGUCGUUCUACACUGGGAUAUUCUGGGACCACCAUCUCUCCGGAGGAGAUUCGAGGCUGUCACACUGGGCAGGGUCUGGUCUACCGCAACGGGGACGAAGAGUCCGCGCCAGAUGACCUGGAAUGCGAAAGUGACAGCGAUUAUUUCCUCUCGGGGCUCGUGGACUACAUGCCGUAUGUUGGAAGUGUGGGUGGGGAUGUGUUUCCUGCAAGACAUGGCUACGAUUGGAUUGAACCGGCGGACCCGUUCAAUGAUGGGUUCGAACGCUACAGGGCACUGCCGUUCCAUCCAUGGUGUUUCGGGGUGUACAUGAAACUCUCCAGACUUCGACUUGGCCGUGUCGAGAUCAACGAUCUCGUAGAAUACUUUGACAAUGUCGAACGCUUCCCACGCCAGUACUUUGACGAGCCUGAUUCGGCCGUUCAGAAAGCCGCCGGUGAAUCGUGGAUUCAUUCCAAGGGUGAUGAAUGGCUCGUUGCGAAUCCGUUCUACGUUCCCAGGCUUCGGGAGAUCCUGGAACGAGCGAUAGAUACUGGACCGUCAUUCAGUCCCCAGGAUGGUGCAUUUGAGCCCCUUCUAUCCAUGACCAAGAAUACAACUGACCCGUUUACUCGAUUGCCGCGAGAAAUACUGGAUAUGAUUAUAAAAAGCCUCUCCACGAAAGACAUUGCAUCUCUUCGUCUCGUCUCAAGGCAGUUCUACCAGCUGCACGUCUCACUCUGGCAUCGCCUGAUCCAAGAGGACAUGCCUUGGUUAUGGGAGGUGUGGUCUAAUGAGAAGCCCUACUUCUGGGCGACAGUCACUGCAGAGGAUAUAAAACAGAAUAGAGGGGAGACCAGAGUUGAGUACGGAGAGGAGAAAGUACUGACACAUAAAAUCAAUGUUGAUGAGCAUCUGACUAAAUGGACAAUGCCAAUGCCUACACCCAGCCGAACUAACUGGUUUCUCCUGUAUAGGGAUAUUAAGCGACAUUGGACCGAGCGUAAAGGUCGUAUCCUGCCACCACAAGGGGCAUAA